AUGGCAUUCAUUGAGCAGUUGUCCGGACCUGAGAUCGGCUUUAAUUGCUAUAAUAUAUUCCCAUUGAAUAGCUAUGAGUUAUACCAUAUUGAUGUGAACACGAGUUCGGGUUCAGUGAGGGGUCAGACACUCCAUGUCUUGAAUCGCAAAAUACAUCAAUUCUUGAAUAUNGAGUUCGGGUUCAGUGAGGGGUCAGACACUCCAUGCCCACUCAGGUUCGCCCCACCCCUACCCCUCAGAGCACCCAAACAGGGUAUAAUAGACGGCACAAAACCCGGUAAUUAUUGCAUUCAAAAGAUACCAAAGUUUAUGGUUUUGACGGGAAAUGAAAUAUUAAGUGAAGACUGUUUGGUAUUGAAUAUAUGGACACCAAAUGUGAACAAUAGUAAAGAUAGUCAACAGAAAACAGGUCUCAAAGCAGUCAUGUUUUGGAUAUAUGGCGGAGGACUGAGUAUGGGAUCAAUAUUUAUGGACCAAUACAACGGCAGUAUUUUGUCAACCAAUGAUGUGGUUGUGGUUACCGUUAACUAUAGGGUCGGGCCGUUGGGGUUCCUCUACGGCGGCGAUCAGACAGCGCCCGGAAAUGUGGGCUUUUAUGACCAGUUAUUGGCACUCAAAUGGGUAUUCAUUUAA